CCGGAAGUAGCGACACAGCCAUGACAUGUCAUAGUAUGUGUAUGGUGACAAGAACGCUUGUUGAUGAUCUAGACGGGAAAGGAAAACAAUUAAAAGGGAAGACUGAUGUGCCGCAAAGACAACAACCUGAUGAAUAACUUUGUUAAGUGAAACUAACACGCCAGAAAACGCUGUUUUCUGACGUCGGCGUUAAGUGAACGAUGCCGAAACACAGCUACGUUUGGGGUUUUGUGCUGUGUUUUCUUUGCUUUGGAUGUUUCCCAGACGUCUCUGCCUGUAAACAAGAACCAGAAACCCCGGACUGGCGGAUGACUCUGAAAACUAUUCGGAAUGGAAUACACAAAAUCGAUACGUACCUGAAUGCCGCACUGGACUUGUUCGGUGGCGAUGACGGCCUCUGUCAUUACAGGUGUAGUGAUGGGUACAAGCCAGUGCCUCGUCCAGGGUACAAGCAGCCGCCGCCCAAUGGAUGCGGCUCUCCACUCUUUGGAUUUCAUUUUGAUAUAGGUAUACCAUCCAUGACUAAAUGCUGCAACCAACAUGACCGCUGCUAUGAUACCUGCGGCCGCGAGAAACACGAUUGCGACGAGCAGUUCCAGGACUGUCUGGAGACCAUUUGCAGGAAUGUUCAAAAAACUUUGGGGUUGGCUCAGAGUGUCCAAGCAUGCGAGUCAGCAGUAACCCUCCUUUUUGAUGCCGUCAUGCACUUGGGAUGUAAGCCAUACCUGGACAGUCAGCGGGACUCCUGCGUGUGCCAGUACGAAUUAAAGAGAGAACUGUGAUGCUUCUGUGGAAACAAACACUGUAUCAGGCACAUUAGGAAAUACAACUGUUCAAAGAAACAAUGCCAGCAAUAAAGUUUUCUUUUAAACGUGUAGAUUUUCUCAGGGAUAGAGCUUAUUCAGCUGGCACUGAUCUGUAAUAAUUUCCUCUCCUUUGAAACUUUCGAAAUGUGUGUAUGCAGAUUAAAAUGACCUGUUUCUAAAAUGGAUAAUUUAUUUCCCUAUGUAACAAAUUAUUUAUGCAUAUAGAGAACACUGUUUAAUAUUGCUUUCCACUGAAGAUAUAUUAUAUCUUUUUGGGGGG